CUCCAGCAGGCGAGCAAGUGCCAGUUGCUCGGCGGCAGUUGCCACGGCUGGACAUACAUUUGCUUCCUUUCGUCGAGGUCUUCGUUUACACGCGACUUACCCCCGUCGCGGUUCUUUGAAAGACAGUUCGAGGGUCGAAAGUAAUCACCGUGAAGGAAAGUGACGAAAAGCCGAAAUCGUGGAAGCAUUUCGAAGGAAGAAAAAAACGGCAAACGAGAGGAAAAGGAGAUAGAGAGAGAGAGAGAGAGAAAGAGAGAGAGAGAGAGAGAGAGGGAUCAUGAAAAGGAGGAUGCCAUGUGUUAGGAACAGUGAGUGCGUGUGAGUGGCGUGCGUGUUACGUGCGUGUCGGCCCAGUGGCUUCGGUCCUUCGACCCUCGAGGACGUACCACCAGCCGAGGACACGAUGAUGAUCUCGAUGAUACAAGCUGCCAUCCUCCUGUCCGUCUUCGUUCAUCUCAAUGCCGCCACCAACACUAUCACUAUGGCUAAGGAGGAGUGCAGAAAAAGGAUAGCCGAAUGUACAAUGAGUGACGGUGCAAGUACACCGGUAUGUGGGAGCGACGGUGUUACGUAUUCGAGUCAGUGUCGGGUCAUCUCGAAGCAGUGUCAAGGCAUGUCUAUUCUUAUCAAACACACUGGCCCUUGUCCAGAGACACCAGCAUGCUUCUCCGCAAGACUGACUGCCAGGCCGGGUGCACGACCAGUCUGUCGUUCGGAUGGCACUUACGCACCGGUGCAAUGUCACGAGGAAACCGGGUACUGUUGGUGCGUGACGCCGCAGGGCAGACCACUGCCCGACACCUCGGUAAGAAACGAAAGACCAAGAUGUGUGAAAAAACCUGGUCCCAGAUCUACUGCUUCCACCAGGAGCGGCCAAAGGAGGCGCUCGCCGAACUGGAAGCAGCGAAGGCAGUAUAGCAGUAAGCACAGGAAUACGUGUGAUCGAGCGGAAAAGUCCAAGUUCAACGGGAACCUGAUCGAAAACUUCAAGAUCGAAUACAGGCGGACGAACAUCUCUGCCGAUGGCGACAAAAAUGUAGAAAGAGUAUUGUCGUGGAAAUUUGUGACACUGGACAAAAAUGGGGAUGGAUACCUUGAUAGGGCAGAGUACAAGGAAUUGAGGAGGCUUGCGAAGAAGGCGGUAAGGCCGAAGAAAUGUGCUCGCACGUUCGCCCGCACGUGCGACCUAAAUCGGGAUUUGAAACUCUCUAGGCAAGAAUGGGGUGCCUGCCUUGCGAACGACUUCACUCUACGUUUGUUCUUGUCGCUGAACCCCGCAGACGAGCGCCCCGAGGUCCCUGAGGCCCAGAGGACCCGGGUCAUGGACCAAGUCACAGGCAAUCCUGCUCCGGUGCAUUCUCGACCAACGUUCAAAGAUGAUCCAACCGAUACGAAAGAGGAUAGUGACGCAAACGAUUGUUUAACGGACAGACGAUCCGUAUUAGAAGAUGAGAGGCAACAUUCUCAAGAGAAAUUUUAUGUACCUGAAUGUACACCUGACGGAAGGUAUCAUCGAGUGCAGUGUUAUUCUGGUUAUUGUUGGUGCGUGUACCAAGAUACUGGCAAACCGAUACCGGGGACAUCUUCCAAAGACCGUACUCCAAAUUGUAAUCCAGUACCUAUUCCUAGCAGACCUAUGAAAGGUUGUCCCGAACAAAAGAAACAAUUGUUUCUACGAGAUUUAAUGGACUUAAUGCAGAAAAAGAUGAAGGCCUCUGGUACAGAUUCGGAUGAAACGACAGCUAAGUGGCAAGCUUCGAAAGAGGAGCAAAUAGCAACUUGGCAUUUUGUCAUGCUUGAUAAAAACAAAAAUAAGGUUCUAGAGAGGAAAGAAUGGAAAAGUUUCCGCACGAUGGUAGCGAAUAACAGGCAGCUUCAAAGAUGCGGAAAAAGGCUUCCUAGAUACUGUGAUAUCAACAACGAUAGAAAAAUCAGCAUGACAGAAUGGUUCAGUUGUCUAAAUGCUCAACGACCUACGACACCUGAAAGUACGGAAAAAUCAUCAACGAGUAAACCGAAGAGAAUGGGCCCAAAUCCGUUGGAUCAAUUUCUUAAAAACGACGAUGAUUAGAAGUAUAUGUGAUAUGAAUGUGUGUUCGUCAUUUUAUCCAUAUGUUGUAGUGUUCAUUCAUCUAGCAUGUGGAUCGUAACGACGGAACUUUCAAAAGAAAGCCAAUUACUGUGUUAAAAAAAUUUUAUUUGUAUUUUUAUAUCCGGUGAAAAAUAUCACUCAUAUCAUUCUAUUUUUAAUAUGGAUCAUAUUUCUGUACCUCACAGAUAUUGAUAAUUCGAUAGUGUAGUUUAGCAUAAUGAUGAUAUAUAUAGCUGUAAGAAUAAAAAGUAACAAAGUAUUACGGGCAUACAAUCGUGUACAUAUUAAAAAAAAUUUUUUCUUCUUUAAGUUCUAUGUACUGCUUUCUCAUGACGAAGAUAGAUGCAGACACGUAAAAUUGAAUGUACAAUUGCCGAAUAUGUUAUUAAACUCGCUAAAUGUCUCGCUCUUUGUUCCAUGAGUACAAUUGUUUAAUUUAGGUUUAAUUAAAUUUAAUUCGCACAUCUUUUAAGAAUUCUACCAUAAUUAUGAACUAUAUGACACUAUCGAUUCAUAAAUCAUUAUAAAGUUAAAAAUUGUUCGCUGAAAUAAAUUCUGUCUUAACAAGAUAUGCUUCAAAAGUA